AUGCCUGAGCCGCCGCGGCCGGGCAGAGCCCUCCGAGCGGGCCCGCUCCCGCUGCUGCUGCUGCUGUUGCUGCUGGGCCUGGCCGCCCCGCGGAGGGCGCCCCGACCCCCGCCGUGCCCCCCCAGCUGCUCCUGCACCAGGGACACGGCCUUCUGCGUGGACUCCAAGGCCAUCCCCCGGAACCUGCCCCGCGAUGUCAUCUCGCUGACCCUGAUAAACGCAGCCUUCAGUGAAAUCAAAGAAGCUGCCUUCGCUCACCUCCCAUUCCUGCAGUUCCUCUUGUUGAACUCCAACAAAUUCUCCUUGAUCGGGGACAAUGCCUUCGUGGGUCUCUCACACCUGCAGUACCUGUUCAUCGAGAACAAUGACAUCCAGUCUCUGUCAAAGAACGCCUUCCGUGGGCUCAAGUCUCUGACGCACCUCUCCUUGGCCAACAACAACCUGCAGACCCUGCCCAGAGACCUCUUGAAGCCCUUGGACAUCCUGAGCGACCUGGACCUUCGGGGCAAUUCCUUGGCCUGCGACUGCAACAGCAAGUGGCUGGUCGAGUGGAUGGCAAGCACCAACACCAGCGUGCCGGCCAUUUUCUGCGCGGGGCCCCCCCAGCACCAAGGCCAAAGGAUCAGCCAACUGCCGCUCAAGGACUUCGACUGUGUUACCACCGAUUUCGUGGUGCACCAGGUCCUGCCUUUCCAGUCGGUGUCUGCAGAGCCCUUCCUGCACUCCAGUGACCUCUACGUGGCUCUGGCCCAGCCCAGCUCCAGCAGCUGCACCAUCCUCAAGUGGGACUACGUGGAGCGCAAGCUGCGCGACUUUGACCGCAUCCCCGCUCACUCUGCCAUCUACUGCAAGCCGAUUGUCGCCGAGUCGCAGCUGUACGUCGUGGUGGCCCAGCUGUUUGGAGGCUCUUACAUCUACCGCUGGGACACCAACAUCGACAAGUUCGUCAAGAUCCAAGACAUCGACAGCCAGAAGAUCCGCAAGCCCAACGACAUCGAGGCCUUCCAGAUCGAGGGCGACUGGUUCUUCGUCAUCGCGGACAGCUCCAAGGCGGGCUCCACCGGCCUCUACCGCUGGCACCAGAACGGCUUCUACUCCCACCAGGACCUGCACUCAUGGCACCGCGACACGGACGUGGAGUUCGUGUAGAUCGAGGGGGCGCCCCGGCUGAUCAUCUCCAGCAGCUCCCAGGCCCCCGUCAUCUACCAGUGGAACCGUGCGCAGAAGCAGUUUGUCCACCUGGGCGACGUGGCGGACGUGAUGGACGUGCAGAUGGUCAGGCACUUCCGGAUCAAGCGGGACAGCUACCUGUGCCUCAGCCGCUACAUCGGGGACUCCAAGGUGGUCAAGUGGGAGGGGCUGCGCUUCACGGAGCUGCAGACCUUGCCCUCCCGGGGCUCCAUGGUCAUGGAGCCCUUCUGGGUCUCCGAGCGCCAGUACAUGGCCCUGGGCAGUGACUUCUCCUUCACCCACAUCUACCUUUGGGACGGGCAGAAGCAGAAGUUCAUGAAGUUCCAGGAGCUCUCUGUCCAGGCCCCCAGAGCGUUCCGCCUGCUGCCGCUGGAGGACAUGAAUCUCCUGCUGGCGCCCAGCUUCAAGGGAAACACGCUGGUUUACAAGCAUAUUGUGGUAGACCUCAGCUUGUAGGGUGCCU